UCGGAGAUCUUCGAACUCUUAAACCAGCAGCUUCGAUAAACCUUAGUAUUCCAACUCGUUCUCUCCACCGGGUCGACUCAGAAAAUGGUCCUAGGCGGUGGAGCUGCUCCCCCAAGAGGAAGUGCCGCAGCUACUGCGAGCAUGAGGAGGAGGAGGAUGACAAGUGGUGGGGCUUCAGGAGGUGCAGCAGGGACUAUGCUCCAGUUCUACACAGAUGAUGCCCCGGGACUCAAGAUCUCCCCGAAUGUUGUUCUCAUCAUGAGCAUUGGUUUCAUUGCCUUUGUUGCCGUUCUUCAUGUCAUGGGUAAGCUCUACUUUGUCCGCAGAGAGGCUUAGAGAAGGGUGCUGCGCUAACAAUAGGAAAUCAAAAUCUUAUAUGGUGUUUUAUGGAUCAUGGAUCAAUAUACUUUUGUUUUAUAAGGUUUCUUUGUACUUUGUGAAUGGUUGAAGCAAAGUUUGACAUUUUUGGUUCAUAGGUUGCUUUACUUGAUGGAACUCUUGCCCCUCAUCUACUACAUUUGAUCACUUUUUUGAAUGAA